GUAGAUCGUUGCAAUAUGUUGUUUAUAACAGUGCUUGUCGUUGGCUUCACAUGCUUGCUCCUUUGGGACUACCUGACGCGCAAGCGUCAAAAUGAUAUCCUUCAUUAUAUGCCAGGUCCAAGGGCACUUCCGUUCGUUGGCAAUGCAUUGAUCUAUCGUGGCUUAGAUGCGGAACAGGUUAUGGACUUUUUGUGCUUGAAUCGGAAGAAAUAUGGUAGGAUUUAUCGUGUCUGGGUGCUUCGUCAGUUGGCCAUUUUCUCAUGCGAUCCCCGUGAUCUGGAAAUUGUUUUGAGCAGCGCUCAGCUAAUUACAAAGAACAAUCUGUAUAAGUUGUUGCAUUGUUGGCUGGGUACAGGGCUGCUCAUGAGCACGGGCAAGAAGUGGCAUACGCGACGCAAGAUCAUCACUCCCACGUUCCAUUUUAAGAUUUUGGAGCAGUUCGUGGAGAUAUUUGAGCAGCAGAGUGCAGUGAUGGUGCAGAAAUUGAAGGAGCGUGCCGAUGGUAAAACACCCAUAGAUAUAUUCCCGGUAAUAUGUUUGACCGCAUUGGAUAUCAUAGCUGAAACCGCCAUGGGCACAAAAAUCAAUGCACAAAUGAAUCCUGAUUUACCGUACGUUAAAGCUGUCAGAGAAGUCACCGACAUUAUGACUAAGCGUUUCAUCAACGUUUGGCAACGGGUCGAUUUGCUCCAUAGGCUUUUUAAGCCGGAUCAAGCCAAGCGUCAGGAUGGGGCAAUUAGAACGAUGCAUGAAUUCACGGAGAACAUAAUCGAACAGCGCCGUCAGACUUUGGUGGAGGGUAAGACUAUCGACCAGGACACAGAUAUCGAUGAUUUGGGCCAAAAGCGUAGAAUGGCCUUGCUGGAUGUGUUGCUUCAAUCGACAGUUGAUGGCGCACCGUUAAGCAAUUAUGAUAUACGCGAAGAGGUUGACACCUUUAUGUUUGAAGGCCAUGAUACUACCACUAGCGCUAUUUCGUUUUGCCUGUACGAGAUUUCCAGGCAUCCACACGUCCAGCAGCAACUGGUGCAAGAAAUUAACGAAUUGGUGGGCACUGAGAACAAGGAUCGAGGCUUGACAUUGCGUGAUUACGGCGAACUAAACUUUCUUCAGUGUGUGAUAAAAGAGUCGCUAAGGUUGCAUCCUCCAGUUCCUCUGAUUGGCCGCCAUUUUGACGAGGACGUGGAAAUACGUGGCAAGCGAAUUCCCGCCGGCAGCAACUAUACCGUUGGCAUCUACGUCUUGCUCCGUGAUCCAGAGUAUUUUGAAGACCCCGACAGCUUCAAGCCUGAGCGUUUCCUUGACGAAUCGAAAACGCAUCCUUAUGCCUACAUUCCUUUCUCAGCGGGCCCGCGCAACUGCAUCGGGCAAAAGUUUGCCAUGCUGGAGAUGAAGAGCACCAUUAGCCAUUUGCUGCGCCACUUCGAGCUGUUGCCUCUAGGCCCGGCUGUUCGGCCCCAAAUUAACCUUGUUCUCCGUUCAGCCAAUGGAGUACAUUUGGGCCUGAAGUUGCGUGCUCCGUAGAUAAGUUAAGGGCUUCAUUCGUCUAUCCCGUGGCUGUCUAUAAAAACAUGUGUGUUUAACUUAAUUGUGUUGCAUGUAGAUAAAUGCAUGCCUCUGUUAAUGCUUGGGUUGAUUGGUAAUGCAAACUUAA